UUGUUCACCGUUGUUUCUGGUGCCUGUGCUGCUCACAAGUGCGUUUAUGGUCGCGGAAGGCUGGUGUGCAACAAGAACCCCGCUGCCGCUGCUUCAGCCGCCGUGAGAAUCUGGGACAGAGAUGGCAUUGGGUUCUUCAGCACUUUCGACCCUCCGGACCUCAUGGCAUACGCUAAACCUGACGCUAAUGGCUUUUUCAGCCUUCGAGGUUGUGGAGACGACUUCGACUGGCUGCCCGGCGUAAAAAACAAUCCAGAUCCAUACUUGGAAGUCGUUCAUCGCUGCAACGGCGAAGAACAAACGAUGCACUACGACCAACCAGUCGUGUUUCUGCCUGAAUCAAUGGAUUUUUCCCAGAUCAUACUUGAUAACUAG